AUGAGUGAACCUGAACUCCAACCGGAACUAGAACCUGAACUCCAACCUGAAAUCCAACUCCAACUUGAACUACAUCCUGAACUAGAGCCUGAACUCCAAGCUGAACUAGAACCUGAACUACAUCCUGAACUACAACCUGAACUCCAACUUGAACUAGAACCUGAACUCCAAGCUGAACUACAAUCUGAACUACAACCUGAACUCCAAGCUAAACUUCUAGGUGAACUCCAAGCUGAACUACAACCUGAAUUCCAACUUGAACUAGAACCUGAACUACAACCUGAACUACAUCCAGAACUCCAACUAGAACCUGAACUCCAAGCUGAACAAGAACCUGAACUCCAAGCUGAACUCCAAGCUAAACUCCUAGCUGAACUCCAAGCUGAACUACAACCUGAACUCCAACUUGAACUAGAACCUGAACUACAAGCUGAACUCCAAGCUGAACAAGAACCUGAACUCCAACUUGAACUAGAACCUGAACUCCUAGCUGAACUCCAAGCUGAACAAGAACCUGAACUCCAACUUGAACUAGAGCCUGAACUAGAACCUGAACUCCAAGCUGAACUCCAACCUGAACUCCAACUUGAACUAGAACCUGAACUCCAACCUGAACUCCAACUUUAA